ACUGGAGUUUUCCUUCGCUCUGCAGACGGGAGCAGAGCCUCGUCUGGUGUUGCAAGAAGGAGGCUGAAUGAAGCAGAGAAGCUGAGCUCAGUCCAGAAGGCCCAGUUAGAGCGGCUGGAGGUGGCCAGACCCCGAGAGCUGGGGAGCAGGGAGCCAGGCCUGAUGCUGAGGAUGGCCAGGCAGCAGCUGCCGCCGUGGGUCCAUGCAGCGUUCCUCCUCUGGCUUCUCAGCCUCGGCGGAGCCAUCGAGAUUCCUAUGGAUCCAAGCAUUCAGAAUGAGCUGUCCCAGCCCCCGACCAUCACCAAGCAGUCAGUGAAGGACCAUAUCGUGGACCCCCGGGAUAACAUCUUGAUUGAGUGUGAAGCAAAAGGGAACCCUGCCCCCAGCUUCCACUGGACACGCAACAGCAGGUUCUUUAACAUCGCCAAGGACCCCCGGGUGUCGAUGAGGAGGCGGUCUGGGACCCUGGUGAUUGACUUCCGCAGCGGUGGGCGACCAGAGGAAUAUGAGGGGGAGUACCAAUGCUUUGCCCGCAACAAAUUUGGCACGGCCCUGUCUAAUAGGAUCCGCCUGCAGGUGUCCAAAUCUCCCCUGUGGCCCAAGGAAAACCUAGACCCUGUUGUGGUUCAAGAAGGCGCCCCCUUGACGCUGCAGUGCAACCCUCCACCUGGACUUCCAUCCCCCGUCAUCUUCUGGAUGAGCAGCUCCAUGGAGCCCAUCGCCCAGGACAAGCGUGUCUCCCAGGGUCAUCAUGGAGACCUGUACUUCUCUAAUGUGGUGCUGCAAGACAUGCAGACGGACUACAGCUGCAACGCCCGCUUCCACUUCACCCACACCAUCCAGCAGAAAAACCCCUUCACCCUCAAGGUCCUCACCACCCGAGGAGUUGCAGAGAGAACACCCAGCUUCAUGUAUCCCCAGGGCACUGCGAGCAGUCAGAUGGUGCUUCGUGGCAUGGACCUCCUACUGGAGUGCAUCGCCUCGGGGGUCCCAACACCAGACAUCGCAUGGUACAAGAAAGGUGGGGACCUCCCGUCUCACAAGGCCAAGUUUGAGAACUUUAACAAGGCUCUGCGCAUCACCAACGUCUCCGAGGAGGACUCUGGGGAGUAUUUCUGCCUGGCCUCCAACAAGAUGGGCAGCAUCCGGCACACGAUCUCGGUGAGAGUAAAGGCUGCUCCCUACUGGCUGGACGAACCCAAGAACCUCAUCCUGGCUCCUGGUGAGGACGGGAGACUAGUGUGUCGAGCCAAUGGGAAUCCCAAACCCACCGUCGAGUGGAUGGUGAAUGGGGAGCCUCUGCAAUCGGCACCGCCCAACCCAAACCGUGAGGUGGCCGGGGACACCAUCAUCUUCCGCGACACGCAGAUCAGCAGCAGGGCUGUGUACCAGUGCAACACCUCCAACGAGCAUGGCUACCUGCUGGCCAACGCUUUCGUCAGUGUGCUGGAUGUGCCACCUCGGAUGCUGUCGCCCCGGAACCAGCUCAUCAGGGUGAUCCUUUAUAACCGGACUCGGCUGGACUGCCCGUUCUUUGGGUCCCCCAUCCCCACACUCCGAUGGUUUAAGAAUGGGCAGGGAAGCAACCUGGAUGGUGGCAACUACCAUGUCUAUGAGAAUGGCAGUCUGGAAAUUAAGAUGAUCCGCAAAGAGGACCAAGGCAUCUACACCUGUGUCGCCACCAACAUCCUGGGCAAAGCUGAAAACCAAGUCCGCCUGGAGGUCAAAGACCCCACCAGGAUCUACCAGAUGCCUGAGGACCAGGUGGCCAAGAAGGGCACCACAGUGCAGCUGCCAUGUCGAGUGAAGCACGACCCCUCCCUGAAACUCACAGUCCACUGGCUGAAGGACGACGAGCCGCUCUAUGUGGGAAACAGGAUGAAGAAAGAGGACGACUCCCUGACAAUCUUUGGUGUAGCAGAGCGGGACCAGGGCAGCUACACAUGCAUUGCCAGCACCGAGCUGGACAAAGACCUGGCCAAGGCCUACCUCACCGUGCUAGCUGAUCAGGCCACUCCAACUAACCGUUUGGCUGCCCUACCCAAAGGACGGCCAGACCGACCCCGGGACCUGGAGCUCACUGACCUGGCUGAGAGGAGCGUGAGGUUGACCUGGACCCCGGGUGACGAUAACAACAGCCCCAUAACAGACUACGUUGUCCAGUUUGAAGAAGACCAGUUCCAACCAGGAGUCUGGCAUGACCAUUCCAAGUUUCCCGGCAGUGUCAACUCAGCUGUCCUCCAGCUGUCCCCAUAUGUCAACUAUCAGUUCCGGGUCAUUGCUGUCAACGAGGUCGGAAGCAGCCACCCCAGCCUCCCCUCCGAGCGCUACCGAACCAGUGGAGCACCCCCUGAGUCCAAUCCCACGGAUGUGAAGGGAGAGGGGACCAGGAAGAACAACAUGGAGAUCACGUGGACGCCCAUGAAUGCCACCUCUGCCUUUGGCCCCAACCUGCGCUACAUCGUCAAGUGGCGGCGGAGAGAGACUCGCGACACCUGGAACAACGUCACAGUGUGGGGCUCCCGCUACGUGGUGGGGCAGACCCCCGUCUACGUGCCCUAUGAGAUCCGAGUCCAGGCCGAAAAUGACUUUGGAAAGGGCCCGGAGCCAGAAACCAUCAUCGGUUAUUCCGGAGAAGAUUUACCCAGUGCCCCCAGGCGUUUCAGAGUCCGGCAGCCCAACCUGGAGACAAUCAACCUGGAAUGGGAUCACCCAGAACACCCCAAUGGGAUCCUGAUUGGAUACACUCUCAAAUAUGUGGCCUUUAAUGGAACCAAAGUAGGAAAGCAGAUAGCAGAAAACUUCUCUCCCAAUCAGACCAAGUUCACAGUGCAGCGAGCAGACCCCGUGUCACGUUAUCGCUUCACCCUCAGUGCCAGGACGCAGGUGGGCAAUGGGGAAGCGGUCACGGAGGAGUCACCAGCACCGCCGAAUGAAGCUACUCCAACCGCAGCUGCUCCCACGCUGCCCCCGACUACUGUGGGUGUGACAGGCACUGUGAGCAGUACUGACGCUACUGCCAUUGCUGCCACCACCGAAGCCACAACAGUCCCCGUCAUCCCCACCGUUGCACCUACCACCAUCGCCGCCACCACCACCGUCGCCACCGCUACUACAAGCACUGCUGCCGCCGCUACUACCACGGAGAGCCCCCCCCCUGCCGCCGGGACUGAGAUACUCGAAGCCGCCCCCGAUGAGCAGUCCAUAUGGAACGUCACGGUGCUCCCCAACAGUAAAUGGGCCAACAUCACCUGGAAGCACAAUUUCGGGCCCGGAACUGACUUUGUGGUUGAGUACAUCGACAGCAACCAUACGAAAAAAACUGUCCCUGUUAAGGCCCAGGCCCAGCCUAUACAGCUGACAGACCUCUAUCCCGGGAUGACAUACACGUUGCGGGUUUAUUCCCGGGACAACGAGGGCAUCAGCAGUACCUUCAUCACCUUUAUGACCAGUACAGCUUACACCAACAACCAGGCGGACAUCGCCACCCAGGGCUGGUUUAUUGGGCUCAUGUGCGCCAUCGCCCUGUUGGUGCUGAUCCUGCUCAUCGUCUGCUUCAUCAAGAGGAGUCGAGGCGGGAAGUACCCAGUGCGAGAAAAGAAGGAUGUUCCCCUUGGCCCCGAAGACCCCAAAGAAGACGAUGGCUCAUUUGACUACAGUGAUGAGGACAACAAGCCCCUGCAGGGCAGCCAGACGUCCCUGGACGGCACCAUCAAGCAGCAGGAGAGUGACGACAGCCUGGUGGACUAUGGCGAGGGUGGCGAGGGCCAGUUCAACGAGGACGGCUCCUUCAUUGGCCAGUACACAGUCAAAAAGGACAAGGAGGAAACGGAGGGCAACGAGAGUUCAGAGGCCACGUCCCCUGUCAAUGCCAUCUACUCUCUGGCCUAACAGAGCCCACGUGGGCACAGCCACUACUUUGCAAGUGGGAGGAGGGGAGAGUGGGAGAUGAAACCGCUGUAGACCUACCACAAAAGCACCACCUUCAGGGACAAAGGCACAGUAUGGGGGUCUGCCAAGCUGUGAGGACCAGUGACCGCCCAGCCGACCAUAAGC